AGCUGGGGUCACUCUAACCCCCAGAACUGAGCCUCUACUUUAGUCAAUCCUCUUUCCUCAGUACGCACCAGGUUUCCUUCUCAGUGGUAAUCGUGAAAAAUUUGUGAACGUUGCAAGGAUGGGAAAAGAAUUCGGUACGCUCGCAAAGAUCCGGGGAAUUGUCUAUUUUAGACUGAGCCCUUACGAACAGAAAGCCUUUGCUGGAGCCAUUUCUCAUGGAGUACCCAAUACCAUUCGGAGAAUCAGAGAAUCUGCACUUCGAGUAGUACCCCCCUUCAUUGUUAGUUAUCUGUUGUACUCAUGGGCGAACCAAGAGCACGAACGUUUGGUGAGGAAGAAGCCUGGAGAAUUCGAUAAUGAUGUGUAGAACUGACAUUUCGAGUGUUAUAUAGUUGAAUAAAAACCUGAGAGCGAUGAAAAAAUUAAAUUGAGGCAUUCGUUCAUUGAUAUUGUUGUUAGCAAUGAAUUUAAAUAAUUAAAAUUAUUCAACAGUUUGAAAAAA